UCAUGUAACACAAACGCGUCAUCAAGUGGCACCUCGUAAUUUCACUUCACACCCACCCACUAUAUAUAUUCACCACCACAUCACUCUUUUCAUCACCUCACUUACAACUACACAAAUGGCCUCUCUCACGUCCUCAACCAUUCUCUUCACCCUUUUUGUUACUAUUUCCGUUCUUCAUUCUAGUUCAGCGAGGAAACUCACCGAGUCAGAGCCACAAUUGCAAUUCCAAUACCACAGAGGGCCUCUCUUAACAGGCAAAAUCUCCGUCAACCUCAUUUGGUACGGAAACUUCAAACCUUCCCAAAAAGCCAUCAUUGCCGAUUUCAUCACCUCCCUCUCCUCUUCCAAACCCAUCACCGCCCAACCAUCGGUGGCCACGUGGUUCAAAGCCACCGAAAAAUACUACAAACCCAGAUCCCCCAAACCCGCCCUCAGCCUCAGCCUCAGCCUCGGCACGCAAAUCCUGGACGAGAUUUACUCAUUGGGAAAAUCACUCACCACCGACCAAAUCCUAAAACUGGCAUCCAAGGGUCCCCAGCGAAACGCCAUCAACGUUGUCCUCACCUCUGCUGACGUGGCCGUGGAGGGGUUCUGUUCCAGUAGAUGCGGCACCCACGGGUCUUCCGUGGGGGCGCGCGUGAAUGGAAAGCGCUACAAGUUCGCCUACAUAUGGGUGGGAAACUCCGAGACGCAGUGUCCGGGGCAGUGCGCGUGGCCCUUCCACCAGCCCAUUUACGGCCCACAGAGCUCGCCCUUGGUUGCGCCCAACAACGACGUGGGCCUGGACGGCAUGGUCAUAAACAUCGCUAGCCUCUUGGCUGGGACCGUCACGAACCCCUUCGGGAACGGGUACUUCCAGGGGCCCAAGGAGGCUCCGUUGGAAGCUGGGUCCGCGUGCACGGGGGUGUACGGUAAGGGCGCGUACCCUGGCUACGCGGGGAACCUUCUGGUGGACCCCACCACGGUAGCCAGCUACAACGCCAACGCAGUCAACGGAAGGAAGUAUUUGUUGCCCGCUCUCCUUGACCCUAAAACCUCAGCUUGCUCCACGCUCGUCUAAUCAACCACUCAAACUUACGGAAUCCCAUAUAUUCUUUCAUUUAUUCAUUUCUUUUUAAAAAUAAAUUAUACUCUAAACUAAAGUAAUGUUCUUACCUUAUUCAGAUCUAUUACAAAUUAUAGUGGAAUUAUAUUCUUUUUUAUAUAAAAUUCUUCAUUUUUUAAUCAAUAUCUUAAAGACGUUAAUUUCUAUUUCUCUUAUACAAUUGAAUUUGAUAGUUAAUGUUCUUUGA